UCGUUCUUCUUUUUAACCUACAAAAAGGCGUCUUCGCCAGACAGUAAAAAAAAAAACAAGUAAAUUAUCAAUAUUCUUUUAAAAUUAUAUUUUGACAUACACUGUACUAUACAUAUAAUGAUCGCACAUAUUUAAAUAACAUAUUAAUUAAAUAAUUUCACCGUAAAAAGUAAGUUACAGAGUUGUGAAUCCGCGUGACUGAGAUGUAUUCAUACAAAAUCAUUAUGUCUCCCGCUACAUGAGCGUGCGUGUUAUCUAUAAUAUUACGAAAAAAAUAUAUUAUGACACAAAAUGUAAAAAUAUCCUAUAUCUCUUUAAUAUAUUACCUAUCGUGUAACAGUAAUAGUUAUUUUUUAAUACUAUCAAUAAAAUUAUUAAAAAAUUUCAAAUACUCGUCUCCCUCUACCUAAUGUUUUGCGUGGUAAAUUCUGUCACGUGGGUUGUCAAACGAAAUACGCGCUGUUGCCGCUCGUCCUUGUGGCAUGCGAACCAAGGAUAUUACCCCUUCCCCUCCUCCGUAUGUGUUCCCCUCUGCAAACAGAAGGCAGCGCCUCAGUCGCCCAAACGCAGUGUCAGGACGCGCGUGUGUUUAUUCGGCUACCGCUUCGUUACAUAACAUCAUGAAGAAACAAAAGCCAUUAACAGCAGCAGAAAGACAACGGAUUUGUCGCGCGAAACGAAAUAAUGACCCUGAGAAAGUAGCUGAAGUAAAGCGCAAAGAUUUAGAAAGAUACCAUGCUCGAAAAAAGUUAGUGGCUGAUACGAGCGAGCGAGAACAUCGAAUUCAAAAGCGAAGAUGGCAAGAAGCUAAUAAAAAAAGAAGGGAGAAGAAAAAGAUACUUGAAGAGGUACUUUUGAACACACCGGCUCCAUCACCAAUACCAGAAUGUCCAAGAGUAACUCCAUGUGCAACACCGACUCUUUCUGAAGUAUCAAUGCGCAGUUCCAGUGGAAGAAAAAAAAUGAAAAGAGAUAGAACAAAGUUAUACAGAGAUAAUGUUAAGUUUCAAGAAAAAAUAAAACAGUUACAGAAAAAAAAUUCGAAAAUAUAAGAAAAGAUUGCAGAGAAAAUCAAAAAAAGACAGCAGCAAAAAAGAGGAAAAUAAUAGUCAGAACACAAAGAAGUACAACGUUCUAUCUAAUGCCAUUAAACAACGAUACAAGACUGUCAAAAGUCGAAGAGAAAAACGCCUCAUUCAAUCGGUUUUCCAAACCCGUAUCGUAAAAGAGUCUCGAGUGCAGAUCGAAUUAGUAAGAGAUGCAAUAGGCGUAGACCGACCUUUAACAUACAAGAGCGUUCUACCAAAGCAUACUGAUCUUGUACGAAAGAUUCAUCGGUUCUUUUUGCGGGAUGAUGUAACGAGGGCUACAGCUGGCAAGAAGGAAACUGUUACUUACAAAAAAAAGAAAGCACAGAAAAGAUUUUUAUUGGACUCCAUGAAAAACCUGUAUAAAACGUUCUUGAAAGAAAAUAGUGGCCUCAAAUGCCACUACAGCUACUUCACUAAACAUAGGCCAUUUUAUGUGAAGCCACCUACUGUAGAUGGAAGAGAUACAUAGGUUUUUCGAAGAAUACGGAUUUCGUAAAAUAUCCUGGAACUUUUUUGAAUCAGGGCAUGGGAAAGGAGCUGCUGAUGGUAUUGGAGGGACAAUCAAACGGCAAGCUGAUGCCAUAGUUGCUAGAGGAAACGAUAUUGCAGAUGUGUUCCAAUUCUUUUCCGCGCUCAAAGAUGCCAACAAAAUUACACUGUUCAUGGUGACAGGCGAAGACAUCGAAAAGGUAGCAGCAACGAUUCCUAGUAACAUUGUGCCCCUAAAAGGAACAAUGCAGGUCCACCAAAUGUUCACAGAAAAUCGUGGAAUCUUAAAUCAUAGGGUAUUAAGCUGCUUUUGUGAUCAAUUCUGUUCUUGCCAUGCUCCUAAAACUUAUCGACCUCUGCCUGAAAUCCAAGAACAACAAAAUACUGUGGACAAGUUUUUAUCUAAUGAAAAAGAAGAUGCUGUAAUUCACUAUAAGGAAGGUUUGAUGCUGGCAGAUAUUACAAAUACAAUUAGGAUGUCCCGUAAAAGUAUUUUCGAUACUGUAUAUGGCCCAGAUGAAUCAUCCGAUGAAGAUCAACCUUUAGCCACGCUUAAAACGAAAAAAGAUCUAGCUGAUCAAACUGCCGUCUGUGGUACUUCUUAUCAAACGCUCCAGCCUGAAGAUAUUCAUCCAAUGAAUAUAAAAGACGGAGUUUAUGUAUUGGUUAAAGUACGUAGCUCGCGGAACAUUCAGUACACUUACGCUGGAGUAGCAAAAAGUGUUGUCGAUGAAGAAGGCGAAGUCAUGGUAAUGUUCCUAAAAUCAGUUGAUGACAGUGGAAGGCUGUUUAAAUUAGUGGAGAAUGACAUAUCGGAUGUUCCUUUUGAUGAUUUGAUUAAAGUCUUACCGGCUCCAAAUAUCAUUAAAAAGGGGAAGAGACAAUUUUUCCAAUUCGAAGAGCCACUGUCAGUAUUCGAAAAAUGACUGAUUAAUUAUUAAGCUAUUGUUAUGAUGAAUGUUUUAUUUUUUGCGAAUUUAAAUUUGUUGUCAAGUUAGACUGGAUUUUUUAUUUAGUUUAGAGUGGAUAGUCAUUUAAUUUACCAAAUUACUAAUUACUUUUGAGAGGCUCUCACGACUCUAAGAAGCUCUCAUCUCAAAUGUGAUUUCAUUAAUUGUUUAAGUUUGAUCUCACCUUAUUAUAUUAUAUGAUAAUGUUGAAGACUGAUUAAGAUUUAUAAAAAUAAAUGAUUCUAUAAAAAUAAAUGUAUUUUAUUGCAAACUAUUGCAAAAGAGAGUUUGGUAUCCCCUAGAAUAACAACUCCGUCACAUAAGUUACUACUCUGUCACAAUGUUGUCUCCUGUUAGGAAAAUUGUUUUGGUCGUAUAUAUAUUUAGUUAUAACUAGUGCAACAUUGGAGUUUUUUUAUUUACAAUAUUUUAUGAAAUUGCCAUCUGUGCAAUACGUAUUUAUUUGUAAAUAAUACUAAAAUUUUAUUUACAACAAAAACUUACUUUAUAUCAGCAGUAAAUGUGACAGAGUGGUAUUUGAAAAUCAAUAAAAUAUAUUUAUAAAUACAAAUAUAUAAUAUUAAUAUGCUUUUUUAAAAGUUCAUUUUGGUUAAUUUAUGUUUUACAAAAGUAAAAGUUAUUUAACGAAGAGCAGUUAAUAGAAUAAAAUAAAAGAUUUCGUGACGGAAGUGUAACUUUUUGAGUCGAUUCUUUCUUAAAAGUCAUGAAAAUCCUACAAAAAUCUGUAAUCUUCGCGGCCAAUAACUUUUUCUGAUAGAGUAGAAAGUCGUCUAAUAAAAUAUAUGUAUAUGAAGACGUGUAUGCAAUAUAUAUUUUUUUUCAAAACUAUGCAAUUUUUUUUUCAAAUUGUAGGUUAAAAAGAAG